AAUGCAGUCGAUUUUACGAAGAAAGAUGGUGGUCGACAUGGAAGUGGAGCAAGCGAAAAAGGCAGUUUUGCAACUUAUGGCGGAGAAAGAUAAGAUAGAAAGAGAUUUGAAAGAUGCACAUGCAACUUUAGAAAGCAAUCAUGUUGGAAUGAAUGAUGCAUUGGUUGAUUCAGCAGGCUAUCCUAGGGCGGAUAUCGACGUUUAUCAAGUUAGACAUGCUCGUCAUAAGAUUAUUUGCCUUCAAAAUGAUUAUAAGGCUAUCAUGAAAAAAAUUGAGGAAGGUUUGCACAAGGUUCAUGGUUUAUCGGGUAUAAGUGUACAUGAAUCUAGUACAGCGGAAGCAGCUCCAAGUGCUGUUCAAGAAUCUGUUUACUUAGAGCCAUUUUUGAGAGUGAAUUUGGUGACACCUGGCUCUCCCGCUGCAUCAGCAGGAAUUCAAGUUGAAGAUCUGAUCUUGGAGUUCGGUUCAAUCAACUAUCAGAAUUUCUCUUCGUUGCAAGAUGUUGGAUCUCUUGUGGCAAACAGCGUAAAUAAGGAGUUAAUCGUCAGAGUCAAACGAGAUUGCAAUACUCUUGUCCUGACUCUGAUACCUCGACCUUGGAAUGGAAAAGGUCUUCUUGGCUGCAACGUUGUUCCCUUGGAAACCGUUGAAAGAUAAAUUAUUAUAUUUUGACGUUGUGCCUCUAAUAAAUUAGAUACAAGAAGCUUUUUGUCACCAAACAUAAGAAUUGGAAAUAAAUAUAUCCUUCUUCUUAAAACA